AUGUGUCCGCGCCCGUUUCGCACAAUGUCGUCUAUCUUGCAUAGUUGCCCAUUCUGCGGACAAGUCACCGAUAUCUCUGAGAUAUUGGCCGAUUUUGUGGGAAAUCCUCACUGUACUCAGUGCGGCUUAUCAGCGUCCGAGGGCAACCUAAAGGCCCAGGAUGACCUCGUGGCUCUCUUCAACACGCAUAUGAACAUGGAACCUUCCCUCGUGUCGGGGAGAAAGGAAGCCCAAAUUUCUGCUCCUCCUAUUACAUAUAGUAUCACACAACAUUAUCAUCAUUCAGCACAUGUAGCACAAAGAACCGAACAGUCGGGAAUUAUGCAGGGGAACUGCGUACCGACAACCAAUGAGCUCGCAAACAGGGUAUUCGAGACGCUCAGACAAUACGACGUUGACCCCUCGUCCCUAUCCGCAGGCCAACUUGAGUUGUUCGCCAAUGCAAUGCCGGAACAGCAAUCCCGCUUGGUCCAAAUGUGGCAGAUUUGCCCUGAGCCCAGCAAAAGUGCCCCAGGUUUCUCGCAACAGGGCCCUACAAUCUUUGCCAAUCAACCUGACAUGCAAGGUUCGGCUCAGGGUCAGGACAGAUCCAAUACUAUGCAUGGAUAUGCUGAGCCAUAUAUGCUCUCUGGGUAUGACCUUAAUGGCCAAGUUGCCCCUCCGGCUAAUGAGCCCACCACUGGCUCUCCAUACAGGCUUUCGAGCGAUCCUAUAUACCAAGCCGCGGGGCAGCGGUGGUGGGAACGAACACAUGGGACAGCAAUGGAAUACUGA